CUUUUGCCCUGGCGGCCGCGAGGAGGGGGGUGGGCGCUUUCUUUUUCUCUUGGACGAGGGUUUUAGCGCAGGUUUUCUCGUUCUCACUUCCAACCCCACCUCGCCACCUCCCGACCCCCCUCUUCCCCCUCCCCACCUAUCGUCAUGACGGCGUCUCCGGAUUACUUGGUGGUGCUUUUUGGGAUCACUGCUGGGGCCACCGGAGCCAAGCUGGGUUCGGAUGAGAAGGAGCUGAUCCUGCUGUUAUGGAAAGUCGUGGAUUUGGCCAACAAGAAGGUGGGACAGUUGCACGAAGUACUAGUUAGACCGGAUCACUUGGAACUGACGGAGGAUUGUAAAGAAGAAACUAAAAUAGACGCCGAAAACCUGUCUUCCGCUCCACAGCUGGACCAAGCCCUCCGACAGUUUAACCAGUCAGUGAGCAAUGAACUGAAUAUUGGGGUAGGGACUUCCUUCUGUUUGUGUACUGAUGGGCAGCUUCAUGUCAGGCAGAUCUUGCAUCCCGAGGCUUCCAAGAAGAAUGUAUUACUACCUGAAUGCUUCUAUUCCUUUUUUGAUCUUCGAAAAGAAUUCAAGAAAUGUUGCCCUGGCUCACCUGAUAUCGACAAGCUGGAUGUAGCGGCAAUGGCAGAGAGUCUCAAUUUCGAGAAGAAUGACUCUGUCUCCCGAUACGGAGCCUCUCAAGUGGAAGACAUGGGGAACAUAAUUUUAGCAAUGAUCUCAGAGCCGUAUAAUCACAGAUUUUCAGAUCCAGAGAGAGUAAACUACAAAUUUGAAAGUGGCACAUGCAGCAAGAUGGAACUCAUUGAUGACAACACGGUGGUGAGGGCACGAGGUUUGCCCUGGCAGUCUUCGGAUCAAGACAUUGCACGGUUCUUCAAAGGACUCAAUAUCGCCAAGGGAGGUGCAGCACUUUGUCUAAAUGCUCAGGGGCGGAGGAAUGGAGAAGCACUGGUUAGGUUUGUAAGCGAGGAGCACAGAGACCUGGCACUGCAGAGGCACAAGCAUCACAUGGGGACCCGGUACAUCGAGGUUUACAAAGCAACAGGUGAAGAUUUUCUUAAAAUUGCUGGAGGGACCUCCAAUGAGGUAGCCCAGUUCCUCUCCAAGGAAAAUCAAGUCAUUGUCCGCAUGCGGGGGCUCCCUUUCACAGCCACAGCGGAAGAGGUGGUAGCCUUCUUCGGACAGCAUUGCCCCAUCACUGGAGGAAAGGAAGGCAUCCUCUUUGUCACCUAUCCAGAUGGUAGACCGACAGGAGAUGCUUUUGUGCUCUUUGCUUGUGAGGAGUAUGCUCAGAACGCCCUGCGGAAGCACAAGGACUUGCUGGGUAAAAGGUACAUCGAACUCUUCAGAAGCACGGCAGCGGAAGUUCAGCAGGUGCUGAACCGAUUCUCCUCAACCCCUCUGAUCCCACUUCCGACCCCUCCUAUUAUCCCAGUACUGCCUCAGCAGCUUGUGCCCCCCACAAAUAUACGAGACUGCAUACGUCUACGAGGUCUUCCAUAUGCUGCCACAGUAGAGGACAUUCUGGACUUCCUCGGGGAGUUUUCCACAGAUAUUCGUACACAUGGGGUUCACAUGGUGUUGAACCACCAGGGACGCCCAUCAGGAGAUGCCUUUAUCCAGAUGAAGUCUGCAGACAGAGCGUUCAUGGCUGCCCAGAAGUAUCAUAAAAAAACCAUGAAGGACAGAUACGUUGAAGUCUUUCAGUGUUCAGCUGAGGAGAUGAACUUUGUGUUAAUGGGGGGCACUUUAAAUCGAAAUGGCUUAUCCCCACCGCCAUGUAAGUUACCAUGCCUGUCUCCUCCCUCCUACACAUUCCCAGCUCCUCCAGCAGUGAUUCCUACUGAAGCUGCCAUUUAUCAGCCUUCUCUGCUCUUCAGUCCACGGGCGCUGCAGCCCUCCACCGCUUACUACCCAGCAGGCACUCAGCUCUUCAUGAACUACACAGCGUACUAUCCCAGCCCCCCAGGUUCGCCUAAUAGUCUUGGCUACUUCCCUACAGCUGCUAAUCUUAGCAGUGUCCCGCCCCAGCCUGGCACGGUGGUCAGAAUGCAGGGCCUGGCCUACAAUACUGGAGUUAAGGAAAUUCUUAACUUCUUCCAAGGUUACCAGUAUGCAACCGAGGAUGGACUUGUACACACAAAUGACCAGGCCAGGACUCUACCCAAAGAAUGGGUUUGUAUUUAAGGGCCCAAGCAGUUAGAUCAUCCUCAGAAAAGAAG